GAGGGGACGUCCCUCUGGGCUGCUGCGAGAGCGGGCGGCCCGGGGGUGGAGAAGCCGAGUCGGGCUCUCCCGCGGUUCUCUCCUGGCACGGCUUUCGCUCUUCUUCUCCAGGGGAGACCCAGCCGAGGGGGCGCUGCUGCUGCGGCGCACGUCCUGCGUGGGGGGUCUGGGACUCUGGGUAAGCGACUUUCGAAUGUCAAGUCUCCCUAAUUAAAUCGGCUCCUUUCCCCUCCAUGACUCAACGAUGGAUCCCAUAUCGUUCAAUGUUAAGAAUCCUCAAACGUCCAGUGAUGGCUCCGUGGACUUCACUCUCCAGCUAGUAGGUUCUCUGCCCGUCCACACUCUGACCACUAUGGCUGUGCUGCCUUGGAUUGUGGCAGAGAUAAGGCAACUGAGCACAAAGUCCUCGAGGGAAGAACCCGGCGCCGACCAAGUCCGGCUUUACGUCUCACCGACCAGGUUGCGGUGUGAAGCUGACACCGGCGAAAGCCAGCCAUGGGAUCCUCUGCUCUGUUGCAGCUUGUUUGAGCACAGGCCGCAGCACGUCCACAAGCUGAUUCACAACAGCCAAGACCCAAGCUAUUUUGCUUGCUUAAUAAACGACAGAGCAGUAGAUCAGCAAAGUACCUGUUACGUAUUCAAAGCCGGGGAUCAAACAGAAGUGCCUGAGAUUAUAAACACCAUCAGACAGGCUGGGAAAAUUGCACGUCAAGAAGAGUUUCAGAAUAACCUUUCAGACGUCGAGGAUCCCUUUAGCAAAAAAUUUGAGGUGCUAUUCUGUGGCCGAAUGACUGUAGCUCACAAAAACGCACCGCCGGCACUCAUAGAUGAAUGUAUUGAAAAGUUUAAUGACGUUAGUUAUACCAAAACCUUGGACUCUGGUUCCUUCUCCCCACAAGACGAAACUGCCAACCACUCCGGAGGAUUUUCCAUCAGUGAUAAAUUCCGAUCUGUCUUCCAACCCUCAGUAAAUGAAGAACAGGAGAAAAGGCCAAUGAGGAAAUCCUACUCACAGCCUGGGCUGCGUUCGUUUUCUUUCAGGAAAGAUCUGGAAUCCCGGGGCCUGAGGAGUAACAGCUUUACCAGAUCCUUUGAUGAAGAUGUUGCUUCCCUGAACUUAAGAAGUCGAUUUAUCCAUGGGCAAAAUGUGGUGCAGCCGACAGACAUUUCAGGGAACCGAAUAAUGUUGUUCACGAUUGGCCAGUCUGAAGUUUACAUCAUCAGUCCCGACACCAAAAAAGUAGCCAUUGAGAAAAGCUUUAAGGAAAUUUCCUUUUGCUCUCAGGGAAUUAGGCAUGUGGAUCACUUUGGAUUUAUCUGCAGAGAGGCUUCAGAGUAUGGUGGCUUCCAUUUUGUAUGCUAUGUGUUUCAGUGUACAGAUGAAGCUCUGGUUGAUGAGAUCAUGAUGACUCUGAAACAGGCUUUCACAGUGGCUGCUGUGCAACGGACCGCCAAAGCACAACUCCAGCUCUGCGAAGGGUGUCCCAUGCAGAGCCUGCACAAACUCUGUGAAAAGAUCGAAGGGCUCCAUCCUUCUAAAACUAAACUGGAACUUCAGAAACACUUAACAACACUGAAUAACCAAGAGCAGGUCUCUGUCUUUGAGGAAGUUCAGAAAAUAAGGCCGAGAAACGAACAGAAGGAGAAUGAGGUGAUAAUUUCGGUGCUGAGAAACAUGUAUGAAGAAAAACAGAAGGAUCACAUUCACUUCAGUGAAACCAAGCAGACGUCACAUUCCUCAUUAGAGGCCAUGGGAAACGAGACCUCGAACAGUGCACCCCGGUUCAAACUAGAUAUGUUGAAGAGCAAAGCUAAGAGGUCACUGACAGAGUCACUGGAGAGCAUUUUGUCUCGGGGAAGUAAAGCCAAAAGUCAGCUAGAAAGUUCUGGAAGCACUGAUUUGGACAGUUCCCUGUCUAGCACUCUAAGUACUACAAGUAAAGAAACAUCCCUGUGUGAGAAAGAGUCCCUUCCCCCAGAGUCCCCACUGAAGGCUACUGGCUCAGUGAGCAAUCUCUCCAGUGAACCUGAGAGCCCUCCUGCCGACCAGACAGCAAAAGCAGCUUACCAGGGCUUUAGACGGCGAGCAAAUACCCUGGGCCAUGUGCCAACGGAAAGCCAGGAGUCCUCAGAACCCGCCGAAGCAUCGCCUUCUGUUCCCCAAAGGAAACUUAUGAGGUAUCAUUCCGUGAGCACAGAGACUCCUCACCAGCAAAACAGCUCCAAAACUUCUUCUGACCAGUCUCCAGCCUCUCCUCCUCCUGCAGCUCAUCUUACUUCCUCGGCCUCCUCGCCCAAUUUCCUUAAGCGUCUUAGGCAUAAUUCCGGCGGAGAGCAAAGCAGGCAAGCUGUGCCAAAGAGCACCUCCUACCGUUCUACUCUGCGGAAAAAACUUCACUCUUCCUCUUCUGUGCCAAACUUCUUAAAAUUUCUGGCUCCCGUAGAUGAAAAUAACACCUCUGACUUUAGGAACACGAAAAGUGACUACAAGCCCAAAUUGGAGGAAGCAGAUUCUGCCUAUGAAACCCCUGUGAGGACCCGCCGGCAUUCCUGGAGACAACAGAUAUUUCUCCGGGUGGCAACACCACAGAAAGGAUGCGAUUCUCCCAGCUGGCAUGACGAAUUCUCUGAGCUGGGAGAGCUUCCCCCGAGGUCACCGCUGCAACCGGUUUGUGAGGACGGCUCCUUUAGGACCAUAAAAGAAGAGAGGAGGAGGACCCCGAAGGAGUUGCGGGAGCUGUGGCAGAAAGCCAUCCUCCAGCAAAUAUUGCUGCUGAGGAUGGAAAAGGAAAACCAGAAGCUGCAAGCUUCUGAAAAUAAUCUGCUAAACAAGCGUCUGAAGCUCGACUAUGAAGAAAUCACCCCGUGCCUCAAAGAAGUAACCUUGGUCUGGGAAAAAAUGUUGAGCGUGCCAGGAAGAUCAAAGACAAAGUUCGACAUGGAAAAGAUACAUUCUGCUAUUGGGAAAGGCGUUCCUCGGCAUCACCGGGGUGAGAUCUGGAAGUUUUUGGCAGAGCAGUACCAGCUGAAGCAUCAGUUUGCAAACAAACAGCAGCCGAAGGAUACCCCUUACAAAGAACUCCUGAAACAGUUAACCUCCCAACAGCAUGCCAUACUGAUUGACUUAGGGCGCACUUUCCCAACCCACCCGUAUUUCUCAGCCCAGCUCGGAGCAGGGCAGCUGUCACUCUACAAUAUCCUGAAGGCCUAUUCCCUCCUGGAUCCGGAAGUGGGGUACUGCCAGGGCCUGAGCUUUGUGGCCGGCGUGCUGUUGCUCCAUAUGACCGAAGAAGAGGCAUUCAAGAUGCUGAAGUUCCUCAUGUUUGACAUGGGCCUUAGGAAGCAAUAUCGACCCGACAUGACCAUUUUACAGAUCCAGAUGUAUCAACUCUCUCGGCUCCUUCAUGAUUACCACAGAGACCUCUACAAUCAUUUUGAAGCUCAUGAAAUUGGUCCUAGUCUAUACGCUGCCCCAUGGUUUCUUACAAUGUUUGCUUCUCAGUUCCCCCUGGGAUUUGUGGCCAGAGUGUUCGACAUGCUGUUUCUCCAAGGUUCAGAAGUCAUAUUUAAAGUGGCUUUGAGCCUGCUGGGAAGCCACAAGCCCUUGAUUCUGCAGCACGAAAGCCUGGAAACAAUUGUCGAUUUCAUUAAAUGUACUCUUCCAAACCUGGGCUUGGUACAGAUGGAAAAGACCAUUAACCAGGUAUUUGAGAUGGAUAUCUCCAAACAGCUGCAAGCAUAUGAAGUUGAGUAUCAUGUACUUCAGGAUGAACUGAUAGAUUCAUCCCUCAAUGACAAUCAGAGGAUGGAUAAAUUGGAAAAAGCAAACAGUAGUUUACGGAAACAAAACUUUGACCUCCUUGAAGAGCUGCAGGUGGCCAAUGGAAAAAUACAAAACCUGGAGAUCAUGGUUGAGAGUCUGUUGAACAGUGAGAGUAAACUGAAGCAGACGGUUCUUGCUCUGGAGCUAGAGAGGAAAGCCUUGCUGGAGACAGUGGAGGAGUUGCACACACAUUCGGUGAGGCCCAUCGGAAACCCUCCACUUACCAGGCAAGAGCACAUGGACGCCGCUAUCUGACAGCGCAAAGAAAGAAAGAUCUACAGGGACAAGGAAGGGAAGGACCGUCUUCUGAAACGCAAUCGGAAUCUUUCCCAUCCUCCUCCACAUUGUCCAUGCCUUAAUUUUGGUUGAGUGAAACAAAACAAACAAAUCGCACAAUAGAGAAGUGUGUUACCGACGGAGGAGGCCGUGCUUGUUCAUUUCUAACAUUAUUUUGAACGACACAUGUAUAUGCAACAUAACAAGCAGAAAAGCCUUUGUCCGGUCUGGUGGUCGUUUUGCUUUUGACCACCACUCCUGCACGGGUGAGCGUGUGCAAUCCUAGUAGUGCUUCUCUACCCAAGGGCUCCAUAUUGCUUUAGCAUGACGUCUUUAGGGAACUCCCCUUUCCAAGGUCGUAUGCUGCAAAAGUGCUGGAGAAUGACUUGGAGCUCCUGAAUGGAUUCUUGCCUCUGUUUAGAGGUCUACAAUUUAUUCAUCUGUGAUUGGACUUAGUACCAUUCUGGCUUUUUGUUUUGCCUGAACUCGAAACAGGUUCCACCAUUUGCAUUGGAUUUUUAAAAUCUCCCGUGUUGUCAGAAGGUGCUACAGUAGUGAGCCAGAGGAAGCGGUAUUUCGCCAUGUAAUAUUUUGGAGUUAUUAUCUGUUGUUAUAAAUGUGGUUAUUUUAAUCAUGCUUUUUGUUCUCCUUUUAAUAUUCAAUGUUACAGCGUGGUUAGCACUUUGAUAAAAUAGAUCAUAUUCAGGUUACUCUCUUUUUUUCCUUCCUUUUCCCAGUAUGCAUGUUGACGAAACCUGAAACUCCCACACCAUUAUGGUGGAUCAUGCCUUAAUAUUUCCUAUUUAUUUUAAGCCCUUGUGUUGUACUGCUUGCUUCUCAGGUGGGAAACUAAAUAGCUUUCAUUUUUUAUUCCACUAGUAUUUCGGGCACCAUCCACCUUGGAAGAAAUUUUAUCCUUUCACCAUUACCUUCUGCCGUUGUGGUGACACUUCCAAACGUUGUAUGUAUGCUAGAUGUAGCUAAGCAAUUUUUUCACAAAACUGUUUGCUGAUGAUUGA